AUGGUUGCACGCUGGGAAUACUUGACCCUCGUAAGAGAGCGGAGUCUGAUUCCCAUCACAACUGGGUUACGCUUGCGUUUGGAGUCUGUGACGAGUGUUGCUGUUCUUCUACUGAGUUUCCAGCACAAAGUGGGCGUCCUGUACUGUAAAGCGGGUCAGAGCACAGAGGAGGAGAUGUACAAUAACGAGAAUGCCGGCCCGGCGCUGGACGAGUUCCUGGAUCUGCUCGGUCAGAGAGUCCGGCUGAAGGGCUUCACCAAGUACCGAGCUCAGCUGGACAACAAGACGGACUCCACCGGCUCUCACUCGCUCUACACCACUUAUAAAGACUAUGAGCUGAUGUUCCACGUGUCCACGCUCCUGCCCUACACUCCCAACAACAGACAGCAGUUGCUCAGAAAGAGACACAUAGGAAAUGACAUCGUCACCAUCGUGUUUCAGGAGCCCGGUGCCUUGCCUUUCACACCCAAAAACAUCCGCUCCCAUUUCCAGCAUGUGUUUGUCAUCGUUAAAGUUCACAGUCCGUGCACUGAGAACGUCUGCUACAGUGUUGCGGUAUCCAGAUCCAAAGACGUGCCUCCGUUCGGCCCUCCCAUUCCUAAAGGAGUGACCUUUCCCAAGUCGGCCGUCUUCAGGGACUUCCUGCUGGCCAAGGUGAUCAACGGGGAAAACGCGGCGCACAAAUCGGAGAAGUUCCAUGCCAUGGCGACCCGCACGCGGCAGGAGUACCUCAAGGACCUUGCAGAGAACUUUGUGAGCACGACGACGGUGGACACGGCGGUGAAGUUCAGCUUCAUCACGCUGGGGGCCAAGAAGAAGGAGCGGGUGAAGCCGCGGAAGGACGCCCAUCUCCAGAGCGUGGGCGCCGUCACGUGGAGCGUGGUGGCACGGGAUUUCGGCCAAUCUGCAGACUUGGAGUGCCUGCUGGGGAUUUCCAACGAGUUCAUCAUGCUGAUCGAGGAGGCGUCCAAGAACGUGAUUUUUAACUGCUCCUGUCGGGACGUCAUCGGCUGGUCGUCUGGCGUCAUGAGCAUCAAGAUCUUCUACGAACGAGGGGAGUGCGUGAUGUUUUCCGCACAUGACAACUGUGGAGAAGACAUUCGAGAGAUCGUGCAAAGACUUGAGAUGGUGACGCGCGGCUGUGAGACCACAGAGAUGACCUUGCGCAGGAACGGUCUCGGUCAGCUCGGCUUCCACGUUAACUUCGAGGGCAUCGUGGCUGACGUGGAGCCGUUCGGAUACGCCUGGAAGGCCGGUUUGCGGCAGGGCAGCCGGCUGGUGGAGAUCUGUAAGGUGGCGGUGGCCACGCUGACCCACGAGCAGAUGAUCGACCUGCUGCGCACCUCUAUCUCCGUCAAGGUGGUCAUUAUCCAGCCGUAUGAGGACGGAGCUCCCAGAAGGGGAUGUUCAGAGCUCUACCGCAUCCCCAUGGUGGAGUAUAAGUUGGACAGUGAAGGAACGCCCUGCGAGUACAAGACGCCCUUCAAGAGAAACACCACCUGGCACCGUGUGCCCACCAGCGGCCAGCCUCUUCCCGAUCGCAUGUCGUGCCAGCAGAUCCUCCAGCACGCUCAGACCGCCAUCCCACGCAGCACCUCUUUCGACAGGAAGCUGCCGGAUGGACCCAGGAGCAUUCAGGAUGUUGAGAAGCCUCAGAUCUCGUCCUGCAGUAAAGGAGAUGCGUCCCAACACUACCGCAGCUCACCCAGUAACCAGUCGUCCUCCAGCGACCCGGGACCCUGCGCAAGCGCCAGCUGGAACCAGCAGCCGGGAUACGACGGGUGUCAGUCUCCUGUGCUCCACGAGCGCUCGGCUGAAGCCCAGGGCAUGCUGGGAGACGGGGAGAUGCCGCGGGAGAGAGAGCCGACGCUGGAGAGGACACGCUCUGCAGAGGCGAAGUGGCACGUCCCUUCCACAAAGAUCCUCAAUUCCUUGAAGGAAAGAGGCAAGGAUUCACCAAACAAGUUGACGCGGCAGGGCGGCGAUAAGAACUCCAGCCACUCCAGCAGUAACACUCUGUCCAGCAACGGCUCAAGCAGUAACAGUGAUGAGAAGCACUUUGGCUCCGGGGACCUGAUGGAUCCAGAUAUGCUGGGUCUCACCUACAUUAAAGGAGCCUCCACAGACAGCGGCAUUGACACCGCGCCCUGUAGCAUGACCCCGGGGGUCGCCGGUGUGUCUGUUUCCCGCGUCAUGCUCCAGGGCCCCGGGGCAUCUGAUCCGGGACACCCGUGGACACCGGAGCUGACAGAAGAAGGGUCCACGGAGGAGGACCACGGCAGGUUGUACCUUCCCCAGAGCUACGCCGCGGCUCUGGCCGCCGGACAUGCGCCCGUGGACGGGAGUAUGGGAGACCUGAACGAGAACUCAUCUCAUUCUAGUGGCUCCCACCACUCCGGCAGCCCCUUACCCCACAGCUUCAAGCACAUGUCCUCUCCAGAACCUUCCAGAACCCAGGCAGUCCCCCACAGUAGCCAGGAGCCAGGGCCCAGCACUGAUGCGCACACACAAAGCCGUAGGAGGUACGAUGACAAACCGAUCCCGGACGAGCCCCCGAUUCAGACCGAGUGUGGGCAGCUGUACGCCGCAGAGCCGUCCUGUGGGCUGCAGGACAGAGGACGGGACAAGCUGAAGGACGGAGGUCUGCAGCCCAACAUGUCUAAAGAGGAGUACAUGAAGAUGAUGCUGCCUGAAAGCCCUCCUGGAGAGAGUGGCCACAGGAAGGCGUCUGCGGCGGGCAGCCUGUCCCUGCGGCGGUCGCUGUACCGGACUCUCUCGGACGAGAGCGUGUGCAGUAACAGGAAGGGCUCGUCCUAUGCCAGCUCACGGAGCUCAAUGCUGGAUCAAGCCCUGCCCAACGACAUCCUGUUCAGCAGCACUCCACCUUACCACUGCACCCUACCGCCCCGCAUCAGCCUCAGCCAGCCCACAUCCAACCUCAAGAAUGAGUUCUGGUUCUCUGACGGCUCGCUGGCUGACCGCUCGAAGUUCAGCGACCCGGGUCUCAUGCCUCUGCCAGACACCGCCACGGGCCUGGACUGGUCUCACCUUGUCGACGCCGCCAGAGCCUUUGAAGACCAGCGCGUGGCCUCGUUCUGCACCAUGACGGACAUGCAGAGAGCCGAAGCGCUGCAGAUCUCGCGUGAGCUCACCAGACGCGUGGCAGCCGCUGAGGGAGCCGCACUGGAGGCCGGUGAUACGUCUCCAGCCACACUGACGGGCAAAGUCAAUCAGCUGGAGGUCAUCCUGAGACAGCUGCAGUACGACUUGAAGAAGGAAAAGGAAGACAAGGCGAUCCUGCAGGUGGAGGUGCAGCACCUGCGGCAGGACAACAUGCGUCUGCAGGAGGAGAGCCAAACGGCUGCCGCACAGCUCAGGAAGUUCACCCAGUGGUUCUUCCACACCAUCGACAAGAAGCCUUGAUGGAGACCACUGAAGACUUCCAGGACUGCACGCCAUUGACCUACACUAGCAAAGCCCGAUUCCUACUGCAGUUCAAUCAGAUGCAGAAUGUAAGUAUAUUCUGGACUGAAGAAGAGUGUAGAUGAGCAGCGAAGACACACGGAGGCAGGUUUAGCACGGAGAAUGUACUCAAUUAGCAACUAAACGAUGUUUCUGGAGGUGGAUCAUGAAUGUAACACAUCAAGACUUGGCGAGACGUUUCAUUUUCUGCCUCCGUUAUUGAAAGGCGCAAUCAAACGUUGAAGUUCAGCGGGUCAACGGUACCUUUUGAAUCAUUUCUGUCCACAAUCAUCAAGUUCUGGCAAUAAGAGUCAUGGAUUUGCCAAGCAAACACAAUGUGAAUAGUUUGUGAAGCUGUAAAUGUUGAGAUUGUGCCUCAAAGAAAAGCCGAAAUGAAGCAGGUGUGUGCAUAACGUGGCUUUCCGCUCCUGCCUCGUCUCGAAUCCACAGUCACAUGCCAAAACUCUGUGUCCAUGUCUGUACAGAACCUCCAAUCAAGUGUCUUGUAUUUAACACUGUUAUUUAAGCUUCUUUCACCUAAAUUAGUUUAUUUUAUUAAAAUGAGCGGCUUCUGGAGGAAAGGCUGUGAGAAGGCCAUACUGUGACGGUUUUGCCAGGACUGUGUCCGAUACAUAGAUAUAUUGAGGAUUUGUCUUUUUUCCCUCAUUCCAACAUUUGGAUGCUGCUAGAUAACAUUUUGUUGGUUUCUAUGCUUUUACAAAUGUGUGUCUCUGUAAAUUUCAUGUAAAAUGGGACAUUGGUUGCUUUUUUUUUUUUAAUAAAUGUAGUAUGUCAAAUAAAUCUGAUGCGUCAUCUUAAUAUUUCAG